AUGAAAUUUGCUGAACAUUUGGCUGCUCAUGUGACGCCUGAAUGGCAUUCUCAAUAUAUUCGCUAUGAUGAAAUGAAAGAUCUUUUGUAUGCUGCCGUCGAAAAAGCUCAACCGUUUAUCGAUGAUACUGAUAACACUAUGCGUGAAAAUUAUUUUUUAAGAAUUGAUGAGUUUUUUUUUCAACACUGUGAAAAAGAAGCGUCUAAAAUUAAUACAUUUUUUGCCGAAAAAUUAGCAGAAGCAUUAAGACGAUUAGAAACAUUGAAAACUGAAUUACGCUUAAUGACUCAUCACGAAUAUCACCGUCGAUAUGCUCAUCGAAAUAAUAUAGGUAUCGAUGAAGAAGGUGGUUUGAGUCCAAGUGGCACUGUGAUAGACGGACAUCAACGAGGUACGAUGGUUCCAUUGACGCGUGUUCUACCAGAACGAUUUAUUGCACAUACAAUAGAAAAACGUCAACAACGAACACAGUUUCGUAAAAUUCAUGAUGUAAAACUAGCAUUUAGUGAGUUUUAUUUAAUGCUUGUUCUAUUACAAAAUUAUCAAACAUUAAAUUUUACUGGUUUUCGUAAAAUAUUGAAAAAACAUGAUAAAUUAUUUCAAACAACACGUGGAGAAGAAUGGAGAAAAUUACAUAUUGAUUAUACACCAUUUUAUACAACAAAACGUGUUGAUCAAUUAAUUAAUGAAGUUGAAACAAUGUACACAGAUGAAUUAGAGUUAGGAAAUCGACCGAAAGCAAUGAAACGUCUUAGAGUACCACCAUUAGAAGAAAAACAAUCACCAGCUGUGACAUUUCGUGUUGGUAUGUUAUGCUUAUUAAUACCAAUAGUGAUUGCUUUGGGUGUCAUAUUUCACGAGAAUCACUCAAAAAAACCAAUUGUAUGGCGUCAAGCAUUAUUAUUAUAUCGUUCAACAUUCUUAGUUAUCUUACACAUUAUUCUUGUUGGUUUUAAUGUUUAUGGUUGGUCAUCAUCAGGUGUUAAUCAUGUACUUAUAUUUGAAAUAGAUCCUCGAAAUCAUUUAACUUAUCAACAAUUUUUAGAAGUUGGUACAUUUUUAUUUGUACUAUGGUUUCUAAGUUUUAUAUCAUUCAUAUUAACAUCUUAUUUUGAUUUUCAUCCAUUUAUUCAACCAGUUGGUUUUUUAAUACUUCUCAUAUUAUUUUUAAUCAAUCCUACACCAACAUUAUAUCAUCAGGCACGUUUUUGGUUUUUACGUACAUUGGGUCGUGUAUUAUUAGCACCAUGGUACAAAGUUGGAUUUGCUGAUUUUUGGCUUGGUGAUCAAUUAACAUCGUUAGAAUUAUUAUUUUUUGAUUUAGAAUAUUUUAUUUGUUUUUAUGUAUUUGAUAUAAAUUGGUGGUCAGUAUCUAAUGAACCAACAAUUAAACGUGGUAUAUUUUGUAGUAAUCGAACACAAAUUAUAUUUCAAACAAUUUUAUUACUUUUACCUAGUUGGUUUCGUUUUUCACAAUGUUUAAGACGUUAUCGUGAUACAAAACAAAAAUUUCCACAUUUAUUAAAUGCUGGGAAAUAUGCCAGUGGUUUCUUUGUAGUUAGUGCUAAUUCAUUACGUCGUGCAACUCUCUUAGAUUAUGAACAAACACCGAUAAAAAAUCCAUUUUUCUAUUUUUGGAUAAUAGCAUCAGUUAUUGGUUCAAGUUAUAAACUUGUCUGGGAUUUAAAAAUGGAUUGGGGAUUUUUUGAUAAGAAUGCUGCUGAAAAUAAAUUAUUAAGAGAUCAAUGUGUUUAUCCGUCUAAAAUCUAUUAUUAUAUUGCCAUAUGUGAAGAUAUUUUAUUUCGUUAUUUAUGGGUAAUUAAUAUAUUUCUUCAUUUUAAAACACGAUUAGCUGAAUAUGCAGAUGUUAUCGGUUUUAUAUUUGGUCUUAUUGAAAUAUUUCGACGUUUUAUAUGGAAUUAUUUUCGUUUAGAAAAUGAACAUUUAAAUAAUUGUGGACAAUUUCGAGCAGUGAGAGAUAUAUCAAUUACUCCAAUAAUAAAUUCAACAGAUUAUUCAACAUUGGAAGAUAUGAUGGAUAAAAAAGAUGGAGUUAAAAAUCGAAAAAAAUCAAAGAGACAUGAAUUGAUAAGUAAUAAAAAAACAAUAAAAAAGUAUAAACAACAACAAUCGAUAACAACAACAGAUAAUAAUAUUAUGAAUGAUGAUCAAAUGCAGACAAAAACUGAUACACUAAUGGAAUUAUUCAAUACUGAUGCAAUAUUAUCAUCAUUACAAUUAAAUUCUAACAUAGAACAGGAUAUUGGAGACAAGAAUGAAUGA